AUGGCUCUGCCAAAUUCGCCUGCGAGGGACGAUGGCGAGGAGAAUGCCUUUCUCCUACGCGAUUACUCUGAGCUUCAGGCCGAGAACGGCGAGAAGUGUCCCACCCUCGCUGUAUCCGAGCAUCCAGAAGACAACCUUAAACUCCACCAGCGACCCGGAAAAUGGCGGUGCUGGCCGAGCCGAUCAUGGCUCUCCACAUUGAGCUAUGCUAUGCUUUCGACAGUGGGCGUCUUCCUCCUCAUUACUGUCGGUUAUCUCGCAGCAUCCACGUUGAAAGUGCCGUCUGAGAACGAGGCUCCCUAUGUCGAAUCGUCUACUAUAUGUCAGACCCCUGAAUGUGUUCAUGCGGCUUCGGAAAUUCUUCGGAAUCUAGACCCCAACUAUGCUAACGUUGACCCUUGCACGAACUUUGACCAAUAUGUUUGUGGCGGUUGGAUGAACCAGCAUGACAUGCGUCCCGACCAGGGAUCAAUAUUCGCUGGGACUUUUAUGCAAGAGACCUCCCAGACCCGCCUCCGCCACCUACUUGAGUCUUCUGGGCCGUCCGACCCUGCUGAUUCAAAAAUAUUUGAUAAGUUGAAAGCCGGAUACAACGCAUGCUUCGACGAAGACGCAAUCAAGAAACGCGGAAAUGAGCCGUUGAUCAAGUUGCUGGAUAACCUUGAGAAGAUUUACAGCCUUGGUUCCAAUUCGGAAGGGUCUGAAGCUGGCCUGACGGAUGCCGUGCUGUUUCUCUACAAUUCUGGUGUUCAUGCCCUUGUACUUCAGUCUGUUUCGCCUGAUGACCGUGAUCCGGAUAACGUCACGAUCUUUGUUACGCCGCCGAGGAGGAUUGGUCUACCUGCACGUGAAUACUACAAUGAUACCCAGACCGUGAGCGACUACACCACCGUCGUUGAGAAUGUCCUCGGAAAAUAUGUUGAGAGCAAGAAGAAGAAGGAACAAUUCUCAAAAGACGUUGUAGCGUUGGAAUCGGCCUUGGCCGAUGCGACGCCAACGACACAGAUGCAAGAGGAUGUCACACAGUACUACAAUCCGCGCAGCCUCGAGGAGACCAAGUCACUUCUGCCCCAAAUUCUAUUGGCUGAUAUUAUUUCAGCCCUUGCCCCUUCUGAUUACAAGACCGAUCGCCUGAUUGUUUCAUCUCCUUCGUAUAUGGAAUCACUCUCUAAGAUUUUGAACGAUACCCCGAGGGAAACCAUCCAACUCUUCUUCAAAUGGAAGAUCAUUCAAGCAUAUUCAGCGCACAUAGAAAGCGCCGAAAUUGAGCCGCUGCGUGAGUUCAACAAUGCGCUUGCUGGGAAAGAUCCGCAGGCCAAGCAGGACCGGUGGCGCAAAUGUAUCACCGCCGUGGAUGGAGAUUUGGGAUGGAUCCUAAGCCGCUUCUACAUUUUGGAUGCGUUUUCAGAGGAUUCGAAGAAGCUUGGGGACCAAAUUGUUUCUGAUAUCAAGGAGCGCUUUGUGUUUACCUUGGACCAAACCAACUGGAUGUCACCAGAAGUGAGGAAACUCGGCAUUCAGAAGGUUGGCAACAUCGUUCAGAAAAUUGGAUAUCCGACGAAGAGCCCUAAUGUGCUGGACCCCGGGGAUGUGGAAAAGUACUACCACAACUUGUCAAUCUCGAACGAAACCUUCUUCGAGAAUGCAAUUGCCGUUAGGAAGUUCGCGGUUGAAAACGAAUGGGGAAAGCUGGGUAAGCCAACUAAUCGAGACGAGUGGGACAUGACUACUCCCACUGUCAAUGCAUACUACAAUCCUCCUGGCAAUGAGAUCGUAUUUCCGGCAGGAAUCAUGCAGCCGCCGGUAUUUUGGGGAAGCGACGCCCCACUGUACCUGGCCUACGGAGCAUUUGGAGCAGUGAGCGGACACGAACUCUCUCAUGCCUUCGAUUCCACAGGACGACAUUACGACGAGACAGGGAACUACACAGAUUGGUGGGACGAAAAGACCGUCAAAGACUUCGAGGACCGUGCACAGUGCUUUAUUGAUCAGUACUCCAAGUUCACUGUCCACGGUAAAGACUCAGACCUUCAUGUCAAUGGACGCUUGACGCUUGGUGAGAAUAUCGCCGAUGCAGGUGGCUUGACUGCAGCCUAUCAUGCCUGGAAGAAGCGCGAGGAGGCCCACUCUGACCCUCUUCUACCUGGUCUCUCUGGAUUCAGCAAGGAGCAAAUCUUCUUCAUCUCCUAUGCGAACUGGUGGUGCAGCAAGACAAGCCCGGAGAAAGCCCAGGAGGCCAUUUAUAACGAUCCGCAUGCACCCAAGCCCGCGAGAAUCAUUGGCACCAUGGCCAACUCCCUCGAGUUCAAGGAGGCGUUCAACUGCCCCAACAAGAAGCCUGAGUGUAAGCUCUGGUAG